UCUCACCUGGAUUUGUUCAAUUCGGUAUGUAUAGUCUUCGGUAGUCAUUUUAUGAUUCUAAUGGUAGAUAAUGAUUUGUGUGUUUUGGUGGAUGAUGAUGAUGUUACAGUAACUUCUGUAUAAUUGAAGGAUCAGAGACAGUGCAAGAUUUCGUGCAGAUGCAGCUUCAGGAAAUCCAAGAUAACAUAAGGAGUAGACGCAAUAAGAUCUUUCUUCUCAUGGAAGAAGUGAGGAGGUUACGAGUCCAGCAACGUAUCAAGAAUGUUAAAGCCAUUAACGAGAAUAGCGAGCUUGAGGUUACCGAGAUGCCCGAGAUCCCAUCCUCCAUUCCCUUUCUCCCUAAUGUGACGCCAAAGACUUUGAAACAACUCUACUUGACCAGUGUCGCUUUCAUAUCCGGAAUUAUCGUCUUUGGUGGUCUCAUUGCACCUAAUCUGGAACUAAAGGUAGGACUUGGAGGAACCUCUUAUGAAGAUUUUAUAAGGGGCAUGCAUCUACCCUUACAGUUAAGCCAGGUAGAUCCGAUUGUGGCAUCUUUUUCUGGCGGGGCCGUCGGAGUCAUUUCAACCUUGAUGCUAAUCGAAGUUAACAAUGUUAAACAACAAGAGAAGAAGAGGUGCAAGUACUGCCUUGGGACUGGAUACUUGCCAUGUGCUCGAUGUUCAGCUAGUGGUGUGUGCUUCAGCAUUGAUCCCAUAACUAAACCUAGAGCUUCAAACCGGCGUCUGCAAGUCGCGACAACAAAAAGGUGUCUUAAUUGUUCCGGCGCAGGAAAGGUGAUGUGUCCGACGUGUCUUUGCACUGGGAUGGUCACGGCUAGUGAGCAUGACCCCCGCUUUGACCCUUUCGAUUAGAAAACGAUGACCUCUCCUUUGAAAUUUAGGGUGUUUAUCUAUGUAUAUUUGUUCUUGAAAAGGCUAAGCCAAGACUCUGAACUAAAGGGAGUCAAACCUCGUCAUAUACAUGUUUUACUUAGUAGAGAAAGUUAGAAUUUAUAAACU